AAAGAAGAACACCUUCAGCAACAGACUGAUCUCCCCCAAAUUGUCUCGAGCUCGUAACGUGGGGGCGGCGCGUGCUGCAGGCAGUUACCUCCUCACAUCCAGCAAAGCACCUGAGGGAGCUGAAGUGAACAUUUACAGGAGAAGAAGUCUCAUCAUCAUGAAGAAGAUAACGGCCAAACACUUGUUGUGCUUCUUCUUGCUCGCCUUCCCGCUGUCCUGGGCAGAGGACACGAAGAAAGAUAUGAGGAAGACUGAGAAUAACACAGUUUGGAGCCAAGGGAAGACAAGGCGACUAUUUGCAAGACGGAAGAUUUCUACACCACAGGAAAGUCACAUUCCAAGACACAAGUCAGAGCUCAUGACCCCUGCGCGCCGCUGCAGCCGCUUGAUGGAGAGCUGCUCCUCUCAUGUGCCAUGCUGCGACCCCUGCGCCUCCUGCCGCUGUCGACUCUUCAACACAAUCUGCCACUGCUGGAGGAUGAACCCCCUGUGCUUAAAGAGGACGUAGAUGGAGCACACACACACAUAUGCAUACACAUACACAAGCAGCAUACUGGACAUACGCAGUGAUACAUAUAUAUAUGCACACACCUAUACAUACAUGCAGUGCGCUCUGGCCUGUGGGUUUGCCUCUGUUACAGCACAGGUGCAGUUCACAGAAUAUUAUGACGGUGCAGAGUAAACUAGAAACAUCUUGAAAAUAAUUUAAAACAGAUUAAGAUUAAAGUGAAGGUCUCAAUUCUUUCUGUUGUCUAUAGCUUUAUCAGCUCAGUGUUAGAGGGGGAAAUAUGGAUGAAGGAGGGAAGCCAUGAAGGUUUACAGUCUUCUGAUACAUGAAUAUAUAUAAAAAACAUCAGAAAUGUCCAAAUACCCAACAUAAAGAAUGCAGAUUUAACAAAGGACGAGUGACAUAUGUUUUUUGAUGUGCUGAUCGUAGUAGACAAUCAUGUGUAAACUGUGUGUUGUGGCUCGGGCAUUUCCUGCACCGUUGCUGCUUGUUAUAUCUUUGUUAUUAUUGCUCUCCUGCCAUGUUAAACUGGUUUUAUACGGGAACAUUAAUUUCUUUUUUGAAACUCACUGCCUUACAGAUUAAAUGUAAUCUGUAAAAUGUAACAAUCAUCUGUUUUGGGUCAUCAACAGUUAAAAAACAGAUUUUUCUGCUCCUAUGUACCGGUUGAUCAUGCCCCGGAGAACAAAUAUGGAAUUAUCAAUUAUUCAUGUGUGAAGUUAUGAGUAAAGUUAGUUUAUAUUUUUGCUAUUGAAUAAAUAUGUUGUAAGCCUA